AGCAGCAGCAGCAGCGAUGACAGAGCAGCAGUCGUGCGCAGCAGCGGCAAAAUAGACCAACUAUUGUAAGGAGACAGAAGACUGAUAAGACAACUGGGCGACAGAUGCAGUGUCCGUGUCGUUCCUGCGUCCUUCUCUUCAUCAGUCGCCGCCUCCAGCGUCUCCGCGGUACUUGAGGACCUCGGACGGCUGUUGGUGAGAGGAGUUGUGCUCGUGCUGCAGAGACAUGUGUCCCUGCGCGGCAUAGAAGCUCUUUGUGGGCUGUUGUGCACCGGGGACAGGUGCUGCCGUGUGUGUGUGUGUGUGUGUGUGUGUGUGUGGACACGCGGACACACACUCACACAUCACACCCCCCUGUGAGACAGUUGUCUUGGGGAUGUCAGGCCGGCGCACGGGAUCACUUUGUAUCAGAGACAGGUGCGACAGGGCGGAGUUUUUUUUUUUACAAAGCCCGACACAGGAUGUGGUAACACACUAACGACGCCGCCGCUCUCCUCUGUCCACGCGCGGAUUUUGUUUGUUUGUUUGUUUGUUUGUUUGCUGUCUCCACUUCACCGGGACAAACUACUCAACGCCACAGUCGCUGUUUCCUCCGUCGACAACCAGAGACUACAGUUCUGUUACCAUGGCAACCAUGGCCGCUCCCUCCCUCUUCUUGCUGUGCUGGCUCCUCCGAACGGCCAGCUCAGCGUUCCCAGAGGAACUCGGCCCCGUCAACUUCAUCCCCACUGAAGUGGUGAGAAGAUACCCGGUGUUCCUGGGCCGACCCCACCGAACGUGGCUGAGACAAGAGCCUCUGCACAUCCAGAGGAUCCUGCAAGUCAAUCGAACGCUCUACAUCGGAGCCAGGGAUGACCUUUUCCGUGUGGAGCUGGACAUCGUUGCGGGAGACGAGAUGUUCUACAGUAAGAAAAGAAUCUGGGAGUCGAACAAGAAUGACAUCAGGAUCUGCAGGAUGAAGGGCAAGCAUGAGGACGAAUGCCGUAACUUCAUGAAGGUGCUGCUCAGCAGGCGAGGAGGCCUGUUUGUGUGCGGGACCAACGCCUUUAAUCCACUCUGUGCCAACUACACUGGCGACACGCUGGAGAUGGUGGGAGACGCGUUCAACGGGAUGGCGAGAUGCCCGUAUGACCCCAAGCAUGCGAACGUGGCUCUGUUUGCAGAGGGGAAUCUGUUUACAGCCACAGUGACUGACUUCCUGGCCAUUGAUGCGGUGAUCUAUCGUAGCCUUGGGGACAAUCCUGCUCUGCGCACCGUCAAGCAUGACUCCAAGUGGUUCAGAGAGCCGUACUUUGUCAGCGCCGUGGAGUGGGGACCUCACAUUUACUUCUUCUUUCGAGAGAUUGCCAUGGAGUUCAACUACCUGGAGAAGGUGGUGGUGUCCCGCGUGGCCCGGGUGUGUAAACGGGAUCAGGGCGGGUCUCAGCGCGUCCUGGAAAAGCAGUGGACGUCGUUCCUGAAGGCGCGGCUGAACUGCUCCGUCCCCGGGGAUUCCCACUUCUACUUCAACCUGCUGCACUCCACCAGCCCCAUCAUCAGGAUGCACGGCAGGGACAUCAUCCUGGGAGUGUUCUCCACACCGGCCAACAGUAUCCCAGGUUCGGCGGUGUGUGCCUUUGACAUGGAGCAGCUGGCGUCCGUGUUUGAUGGGCGGUUCAAGGAGCAGAAAUCACCCGAGUCAAUUUGGACGCCUGUACCAGAUGAAGUCAUCCCAAAGCCAAGACCCGGUGGCUGCGCUGUUCAAGGAUCCAGGUUUAAUUCGUCCAACGCUUUCCCCGAUGACAUGCUCAACUUCGUCAAGACCCAUCCGCUGAUGGAUGAAGCCGUCCCCUCUCUUGGACAAAGACCGUGGAUAGUCAGAACCAUGGUCAGGUACCAGCUGAAUAAGAUUGUGGUGGAUACAGAAGCCGGGCCUUCCAGAAACCGAACCGUCUUGUUCCUCGGCUCGAGCAGAGGAACCAUCCUCAAGUUCUUGAUCAUGCCCAACCAGGACAACACGGUCACCAACAGCAACAUCUUCCUGGAGGAACUGGAGGGAUUCAACCCCGAUAGGUGUGCUGAGGAUUCUCCUCAGGCCAGGCAGCUGCUGUCUCUGACUCUGGACCAGAUAAGCCACACUCUCCUCCUCACCUUCCCCUCCUGUGUGGUCAGAGUGCCGGUGGCUCGGUGUCAGCUCUACUCCCGGUGCAUGAAGAGCUGCAUCGCCUCCAGAGAUCCUUACUGUGGCUGGACCAAAGGAAGCACCUGCUCUUUCCUCAGACCUGGAACCAGACUGCCGUUCGAGCAAGAUGUUGAACAAGGGAACGUGGCCCACUUGGGCGACUGUGACGGAAUGCUGCUCCAAGAGAGUUUCAUCGAGGAGCCUGACGGCCUUGUGUCUGUGAACCUGCUGGUGGUGUCUGCCGUCUCAGCCUUCACGACAGGAGCCAUCCUCUCUGGCCUCACGGUCUGCUGGAUUAUGAGCCACCGCCACCGCCACUCCCGCAGCUCCGGAACCAACGGCGCCCGCCGCAAAAGUGACAAAGAGCAGAGCAUGCUGGGACAGGGCCGCAGCGGCUCCGUCAUGAGCGUGACAAGAACCAGCGGCGGUGAGAGGAGACGUUCGCAAGUGGACAAUCCUUUCGUUACACCCAACGGCUGGCCUAAAGGAGACAUGGACCCAGGACUGCUGCCAACACCGGAGCAGACCCCGCUGCAGCAGAAACGGGGCAUGCGUCUCCCGGACACUGACUGGGACCAGAGUCAGACCUUCCUCACCGCUGUCGGGACUCCCUGCCCCAAUAACUCUGUCAUCUACCUGAGCUCCAAGUUCCUGCAUGGAGGUGGAGGUGGUGGAGGCAUGGUCCGGAUAGAGGACCCUGGGGAGGUUAUGCUGCCCCUGCAUACCGAGCGCCAGCGCUACCUGAUCCUAGCCACCCAGCGAGGGGAGCACGGUAACAGCCGUCCCAGUGGCACGCUGAGGAACUCAGCAGGAGAAUACAUCUACCCUGCCACACCACAGGACUCCCCCGACCGACGGCGGGUGGUUUCUGCUCCCACUCCCCACAUGGACUAUGGGGAGCCUCGCUGGAGUCACGAUGUGCUCAACUACAACAGCAACAACGGAGCGCCCUAUCACCCCCAGCGCCAGGGCCUCAUCAGGCCAGACAUGCAUGGACCUCGAGGGCUCGGAGAACUGGCUGACUUCAGCCAUUUGCUAGGGAAGAACAUGGGAGAGCGCACCCCCAGUGGCCAAUGAGGGGAAGUACGUGUAUGAGUCCUGACACCAAACUCUCUCUGAACACUCAUUCCCUCCAACAGAAAACUGGAAUAAGUCAACCCCUCUGACUAGCUGUCCUGGUCCAAACUGUCCCCCCGUCUGUCCUCUCUCACUGGCAUUCUAUGUUCAAUGACGUCAUUCAGCUGGCUAAAGAGAGAGACGGAGAGAAAAAGAAACACAGAGAGUUGAAAAGAGGAGAACGUUCUCCUCAUGUCUCUGUUCCUGUGCUCUUCAUCUGAGGUGCACCCCUCUCUACUGUGUUAGUGGUACAACCCAGAGAGUGUGACUUUGACACCGCAGGACAAACAAUAAGGCACAGGGAGGGGUGCAAAGGAAGGGGAAUCUUCAAAAGGGGCAGCGUGGUUUGUUUUGGGGUUUUUCUUUUGUUUUUUUAAAAAGACAAUUUUGCUUGUAGCGCCAAACGUGGAAGGUCUCACCCCACCACAAUGUUCACUCUUUUGACACCAUGGAAAUUCUGCAAGUGUGAAAUUUUCUUUCUGCUUUUGUUUGUUUUUUUGUUUGUUUGUUUUUUGUGCCCGUGGCAUCCAGCAGACUACAGUGUGCUUUUACUUUUUGGAUUUUGAAUGAGACUAAAACUGUUGUAGCUGUGCCAGAGGGCAGCGACUCUCAAUGAAUCAUGCAGUGUGUGUCUGUCUGUCUCGCUGUGUGAAUGUGAGAGGUCACAACAACCCCAACCAGUGUCCUGUCUUACCUGUGAGGAAAGAAUUACUAUAUAUUGAGGUGUCUGUAAACAAUCAUAGAGAGAUCCAUAGAUUUUAUUUUCUGUCUCUCUCCAGGUGUUUACCAAUCAGAGGUUUGGGUGGUUGACCCAUAGCUUAGGAAGGGUUGAGAUUCUCAAUACCUCAGCAGUGAAACUGAACAGAGCCAUGAUGACGUGACAGAGAGCAAUAAUAUGUAAGAGACAUUUAAGUGUGACGAUGAAGCCAAUUCAAUCAGAUAUUUUUUUACUAUUAUCACAGAUAUCUCAGUAGAGCAAAACUUAAACGUCAGAAAGAGCAGCGCGCUUGGGGAAAAAAAGGAACAAUAUCUCCCCUCCAUUCUUCUCUCCUUCGCUCUCUCACUCUCUCUCUCGCAGUAUCCCUGGAUCUGUCUGACCUGACCUGAGGCCUCCCUGGGCUCCACAGCCCAUUUGAAAAGGGGGAAUGUGAGCUGUGGUUGUCUCGCUGUCUCGCUGAGGCUAUGAGGCCUGGCCGCUUGGGAUCUACAUUCAGCCUUUUCUGCCCAACAGUGAGCCUCUUUGUGUCCCAGACUCACGAGGAGACUGCGGCAACAAAUGGCCGUUAAAGAGUCAGAGACCGAGUCAAGAAUCACAGCUUAGCAGAAUAUCAAUGAAGAGGACAGCAGCUCCAUCCGUCAUGUGAGAUGUACCAACUCUGCUGUGGGCAUCUCUAAAUGCUUCGCUCACUUGCCAGGACAGGGAGGAGCUGAGAGCUGAAGCUGGAGCCGGGGCCAGGAGUUGGCCCACUGUUGACUGUCACAAUGGUCAUCCCUUGUGACUUUAUCCCUUUCUGUCUUUCAGUGUGUCUCCAAACAAAGGUGGGAUAAAGAAAACAGAUGGGUAUGGGUCGACUUGGGUGUGGAGUUACUCUUUUUCACUCUGUCGUCUUUUGAUGUUUUCCAUUUUCGCCUCUGUUCUCAUCCCUUCUUAAUUCAGACGUAGAUCCAGAGAUAGUUUUAGUUCAUCUGGGUCAAUGUGGCGUUUUUGUGUGUGUGUGUCUGUCAGCUGCUGUGUGAGUCUCUUAGGGCUUAUACCAAUGAAUGUGUUGCUCAUAUUGAGUGCAACCCCUCCGCUUUGAUCAGUUUUAUUCUCAUUCACACCCUUCCUGUUUCCUCCUUUGACUCAUUAGUGUUGUGCGUGACAUUCAUACAUCUGUGAUAACAUUGUCAGAGCCAUUUGUGGGAUAAGUAAAUACUGUACAUUAUAUCCAAACCAUUUUACAGUGCACAAAGAUGUACUGAUUAAACUGAGAUGUCGAAUCACACUUAGCUGAAGAGAACAGAUGGUAGAUACCCAGAUAAUAAACCAUUAAGUACGAAAACUAGGGCUGAGUGUUGUUUUGGAUUUUUAUGGAACCAGAAGCCAUUAUGAUAUGACGCAUUUUCAGAUUCUGAGAUAAUAGUCAAACACAUGUUCAGGAAAUACACACUGUAAUUUGUUACCUAUAACGGUGUCGUUUCUCAACUGCAGCUUCAUUCUAACAUCAAAUACUGUAUGGCAGUAGAUUGUUUUGGUCUUCAUAUCCACUGUCUAAAUAUUGGCCUCAGAACUGAAGCUAAUUCGAUGGCAGACAUGUUUACGAGAAUGCAGUAACAUGAACAUGUCCAUUUGCUCUCACAGCUAUCAUUAGUAUUGUCGAUGGUCUCAUUAGCGACGGCUACUUUCAACAUCAAUGCUAACCACCUAGCAGCUACCAACGGUCAAAGACAGUCAACUCGCUUGCAAACACGGCAGCAACGUUAGCAACAUCAGCUGCUUAAGAUCCAGAUAAUUUCUUCAGGAACUGGUGGAAACCAAAAAUGGAGCUAAAAUACAACUGAAUAUCACAUUUAGUGUACUCACGUUCAGUGACCAAUCAGUGAAUUAACGUACUUUUUUUCUGCUAUAUAUACUAUAUUAUUUUGUGAAGAUAAAAUAUCAUACAAUGUAACUAUUAAGACCUUGUUUUUACAAAAACAAACUAUAGAUUUCUACCAAAUACUUUUUAUUUUCUGUCCAACAGAAAAUCCAUAGUGUUAAACACGUGUUAUAAACGUAACGAUCAGGUAUAAAUCAAGAAAUACCUGAUCAAAGACAAAGUAAAUUUGAUACCACGGCUGAGAUGUGAUAUUCAGACCGAAAAAAUAUACCACUGAGAGUGUGAGGUCGAGGGGGAGACAGGGAAGGCGGUGUGAGAGAUUUAUGAAGGCAGGGACGGAGGUGGAGGUCAUGCAGAGGAACAUGAUGUCGCUGCAUUACCAACUCUCCACAUUAGUCUAGUGUAUUCUUUACAUAUAUUCCACCACGAAACAGGUCAUUAGUAUGGAGGAUUCUGAGCUUUUCCAGCAGCCUGACCCGAGCCCUCAUCUUCCCCCGUCUCCUGUCUCCGCCACGGCCUUAUAGCUCUCUGUGUGUUUAUGUGUGUUAUGUCUCCGUCUCGGCCCGGUGUGCGCAGCCAGCCGUGUCCUUGCUCUGCAUCUCCUACGGUGUUUCACUAAACAUGCUUGAUUAGGCAAAGUACAUUCCCCCGGCCCUCUGAUGGCCUGACGAGCCCAUGAGAAGAUUACUGCAGACACAUCGGCACUGAGAGGGAGGGUGGUGCACGUACAACCAGCUCCUUACACCCCUCCACCACCACCAACCACCACACACACACACACACACACACACACACUCGCAUGCAUACACACAAAAACCAAAUAUGGGACGCAAUUGAAUUAAGAUCAGAAAUAAAACUCACGCUUGAAAUAGCCAGACACUGGCUGCAUCUAGGAAAGGUACAGUACAUGAUGUUAUCUCAUUAACUGCAUCAUUUGAUUACCUUAGUUGAAUACAAUGGAGCGGUUAAGAAUUCAGUGUGUUUAUUAAAUAUUGAAGCCAUCGUUCUCCCUCUUCUCCACAUACUUCAUGUCAUUCCAGGUCCUCCUCUGCCAACAGCUGCACCUUGUCCUCCUUCUUCUUCUUCUUGUCCUUCUUUUGUCCGUCUCUUUCACGAACAUGGACGCACAUCAUACCUAUCUCUUCCUUUUUGUCCUUGUUUGCCAAUAAUUUUAAAUUGCUAAUUUUUACGAGUUAGCGGCAGAAGCGGGAAUCAAAGUAAUUCACGAAACCCCGCUUUAUUUCAAAUCACAUCUUUUGUUCUACACUUUCAAAAGCCACUCUAAUGGAAAAUUGCUCUCCUUUGAAAUGACUUUUGGGGGGGGUGUGGAGGGGGGAGGGGGGGGAGGGUUUGUUCUGGAAACACAAACACACUUGUUUCCCCUUUGUCAUCUUUUCCCUGCACAAAGUGACACAGACAUAAAAUUGCCAUCAAGUCCCAGUAACCCGGUCUGUAUGUGUAUGUUGUUAUGUAUCAGGUUUGUGUAUGUGUGUGUGUGUGUGUUGGGGUUGUUUAUGCUGUGUGCCCUCCAGCCAAUAACUGCCAUCUUGCCCUGCAGUGCUCUAUGUUUUCGAGAGAGAGAGAGAGAGAGAGAGUCCAGAAACUGAGGCUAACCUGUAUGAAAUCCACCAAUCACAGUGAGGAGAGACAUACGAGCGCAAAAAGCACAAAAAAAGGCGAAUUCAAAAUCAGCAUUUGCUUCUUUUGUAAAAUUGUAGAUGUAUUUAGUCGGCACUGAUCUUUUAUUUUUGUUGUCAUGUUCGUUUUGUUUCUGUGAUAGAUAUUUUGUUUUAAAAAAUUAUAUGGGAAAUUAUUGUGAUUUCAAUUCUGUGUGUCAGUUGUUAGGGCAACAGUGAAGACAAGCCUGAUGACUAUUAUUAUUAUUAUUAUUAUCAUCAUAAUAUAAUUAUGAUUAUGAUUAUUAUGAUUAUUAUUAUUAUUGUAUUGACAGUGACAAUGAAGCAGUACUGUGAGCAGCACUGAGCUGCUGCUGUGUCCUGUUGGGAUGCUGAAUUUAAAAGGUCUAAAAGGAGGAAGCGAGUGAAGGAGUGAAUGUUUUAAAGGUUUAAAAAAAAAAGAGACUUCUCUCCAGUGGAGUGGAGUCUUCUGCUACUGUGAAGGACCGCGCUCACGCCAGAGGCUGCCCCCACCCCAAAACCCCCUACACGCCACCUCAUUCGCCCCCUGCGGGUGACCUUUGGGGCACAGAUGUCAUCAGAUGACACCACAAGUUCCUACUACGUGUACAUAACCUUGAUGCUUACAUGUAAUUAAAGUGCCGUAGCUGCAUGAUGACACAGCCUCUGUGUGUGUACA